AUGCUGGGCGCCGCGAGGAGAUCCGGAUGCGUGCUGGGGCAACUGAUGCAGACCCUCCGCCCGGCGGCAACGGCGGCGAGGAGCUACUCCGCGACCCCGAAGGAGAUGACUGUGCGUGAAGCAUUGAAUUCCGCUCUUGACGAGGAGAUGUCUGCCGACCCUUCUGUUUUCUUAAUGGGAGAAGAGGUUGGAGAGUACCAAGGUGCGUACAAGAUAACAAAGGGUUUGCUGGACAAGUAUGGUCCCGACAGGGUUCUCGAUACACCAAUCACAGAGGCUGGUUUUACUGGCAUUGGCGUUGGUGCUGCCUACCAAGGUCUUAGACCUGUAGUAGAGUUCAUGACAUUUAACUUCUCGAUGCAGGCAAUUGAUCACAUCAUCAAUUCAGCUGCCAAAUCAAACUACAUGUCAGCUGGUCAGAUAUCCGUUCCUAUUGUUUUUCGAGGACCAAAUGGGGCAGCUGCUGGAGUUGGUGCUCAACACUCGCAGUGCUAUGCAGCAUGGUAUGCCCAUGUUCCAGGAUUGAAGGUCCUAACUCCCUAUUCUGCAGAAGAUGCUCGAGGCUUGCUAAAAGCAGCAAUCAGGGAUCCAGACCCUGUUGUUUUCCUGGAAAAUGAACUACUCUAUGGUGAAUCGUUUCCUAUUAAGGCUGAAGUACUUGAUUCUAGCUUCAGUGUCCCAAUUGGCAAAGCUAAGAUAGAACGGGAAGGAAAAGAUGUUACAAUUACUGCAUUCUCUAAGAUGGUUGGGUAUGCUCUUCAGGCUGCAGAGAUACUGUCCAAGGAGGGAAUCAGUGCUGAGGUGAUCAACCUUCGGUCAAUUAGACCAUUGGAUAGAGCUGCUAUCAAUGCAUCCGUUAGGAAAACCAACAGAUUGGUUACCGUUGAAGAAGGCUUUCCACAACAUGGUGUUGGUGCUGAAAUAUGCAUGUCCGUAGUGGAGGACAGCUUUGAGUAUCUUGAUGCACCAGUUGAGAGGAUUGCCGGAGCUGAUGUACCGAUGCCCUAUGCGGCAAACCUUGAAAGAUUGGCAGUUCCACAGGUUGAGGACAUCGUCCGUGCAGCAAAGCGAGCUUGCUACAGAUCAUCAUCCAUGGCGGCAAACGCCUAA